UUUGUUUUCUAUCCAAAGUAAAAAUGUACUUUAAUUGUUUUAGAAUACAAUGACCAGCCUAGACUACAUUUGUCAUCUAAUUAUAACACUAGUUCAGUGUUUUGUCUUUGGCGCGCAACAGAAUUUAAACGGUCACAGAAAUUGUUAUAACACCUGUUACGUCAACGGUCCGUCAUAGUAGAUUUAACCGUGAAUGGAGUCGAAUUUAACGGUUUUAUCCCUCAGACAAAGCUGAGAGAAUCUUCUGCGACUUUCCUUGAGUAAUUUUUAUUUAUUACAAAGUUAGUAGUAACCAAAAAUGAUCUGAAUUAACCAUGAAGUCAUGUUAACACUUAAAGUAGCUUUAACCGCUUUUUGAUAAUACGGUACAUACUCCUUCCCUUCACCAGCCGGGCGGGGACUAAGAGAUGCCAACAGGGGAAGUGCGAGGGGUGUUUCCAGCUGAUCUGCACAACAGAAGCACCAGAGAGUCCCCCCCUCAGCAGCCCGACCUACCUGCUCCUGUCUCCGGUAGACCUACCACAGGAGAGCGGACAGGUACCGGACUGCAGCGCCGCACCGAGAGCCUCUUCCUCCGGAUUACUUUCAGGUCUCCCCCCCCCCCCUCUCCCCUAUCCCCUCUCCUCUCCUGGGCUUCUUUUAACCGCCUGCUAGCUACCGUGAACCGGUGCCGUCGGUAGCUGUUAGCCCGGACUGUCAUGAUCCCAGCUCGGAGAUGGCGUCCUUCCCCGGUUUGUGUAAGGCUGUCGGGCCCGCGGAGGAGGAGAACGGAGAGCUGGACGGAUCGCUGCAGACGAUGCUGAAGGCCAUCGCCGACGAGAGGAACCGACUGAACAUCCGACAGGAGAUCAGCGGGCUGGGAUGUUUUAAAGAUGACCGCAUCGUGUUCUGGACCUGGAUGUUCUCCACGUACUUCAUGGAGAAGUGGACUCCUCGACAGGACGACAUGCUGUUCUACGUCCGCAGGAAGCUCGCCUACGUCAGCGCGGACAACACCGAGGGAAAAAAGGUGGAGGUUGAGGUUUACAGGAGAGACUCCAAGAAGCUGCCCGGCCUCGGAGACCCGGACAUCGACUGGGAGGAGAGCGUCUACCUGAACCUCAUCCUGCAGAAGCUGGACUACGUGGUGACAUGUGCAGUCUGCACGCGCUCAGACGCAGGAGACAUCCACAUCCACAAGAAGAAAUGUCAGGAAGUGUUCGCGUCUCCCAGCAAACACGCCAUGGACAGCAAAGGAGAGGAGUCCAAGAUGAGCUACCCGAACAUCUUCUUCAUGAUCGACAACUUCGAGGAGGUGUUCAGUGACAUGACGGUGGGCGAGGGCGAGAUGGUGUGCGUGGAGCUGGUGGCGAGCGACAAAAGCAACACCUUCCAGGGCGUCAUCUUCCAGGGUUCGAUCCGCUACGAGGCCCUCAAGAAGGUCUACGACAACCGGGUCAGUGUUGCAGCCAAGAUGGCCCAGCGGAUGUCUUUCGGCUUCUACAAAUACAACAACAUGGAGUUUGUGAGGAUGAAGGGUCCGCAGGGAAAAGGCCACGCGGAGAUGGCGGUCAGCAGGGUGCCGACGGGCGACACCUCCCCCUGCGGCACCGAGGAGGACGCGGUGUCCCCCGUGCACGAGAGGGUGACGUCGUUCAGCACGCCUCCCACGCCAGAGAGGAACCGCCCGUCUUUCUUCUCGCCGUCUCUCCGACGCAAAGUUCCCCGAAACCGAAACGCAGAGAUGAAGAAGUCUCACUCUGCCAACGACAGUGAGGAGUUCUUCAGGGAGGAGGACGAUGAAGAUCUUCACACGGCCACAAACCUGCGCUCUCGCUCGCUGUCGGGCACCGGGCGCUCUCUGGUCGGAUCCUGGCUCAAACUGAACCGCACUGAAGACUACUUCCUGCUCUACUCUCACCUGACCUACGUGACGCUGCCGCUGCACCGCAUCACAGCAGACAUCCUGGAGGUGCGGCAGAAGCCCAUCCUGAUGACAUAGCAGAGCCUGUUUCCUGUUUCCUCUCAGAGCUUCUCUACAAAGUGCCUCCUGCAUCAGGCCACAGCAGCAGCAGCGCCCCCCGGUGUCCACGCUGAGAACAACCAAACACCUGAGUCAGAGGAGACCACCACCAACUAAAAAAACCAGCCAUCCAGGAAGUGCCUCUUCUUCUUUCCAGUUCCCUCGCCGUUGUUCCCGGGGUCGUGAGAAGGCGUUUUCGCUGGCUGACAGGAAGGAGGAGGAAGUGAAGAAUGUGUGUGUUCUUGUAAAUAUCCUGCUGCUUUACUCACUGAGACGCCUUUUUAACGACACGUUCUGUUUCUGUUCGUGGACCUCGUGGAGUUUUUAUUUUAUUUUUAAAGGAAUCUACGAAGACGGGAUGAGAAAGGGAUUCUUCAUCAGACGUUUGAAAUAAAAAAAACAGUUUUUUUAUAAAUCACAGGAUUACGUUUAAACGCUUCACUCAUUCAUCCAGGCGGGGUCGAAAUCUUUUAUUCUCCUCAACUUCUGAAAGGAAACGCAUCACAGGGUCACCAAAAUAAAAGUAUUUAUAUUUAGGGCGGUCAGCGUUCACGAGGUUAAUCUCACACGCUUUUUGUCCCUUCAGGCUCUCCGUAGAUACUCGUCCUCAGUGUCUCUCUGUAGUCUCAGUGAUGUAAAAGAAGAACACUGCUGCAUCUCUGAAUGUCUCAUUUCACUUUAACAAACUCUCCAAAGUCAUAUCCACCUGAUGACAUCACACAUUGACCUGAUGACAUCACACAUUGACCUGAUGACAUCACACAUUGGUUACCGUUCCUUUUUAGCUGUCUGACCUCACUUUGGGAUCCCUAACCACUUCCUGUUUCUGUGCCGAAGUCCAUGUGCUAACUUUCACUCUACAGGAAGGGACUCACUUUAUUUCAAAAUAAAAGCAGGGCUGAAUUAAGACAGAAAGUAAAAUACUCUCAGUUUAAGACAGUACAUUUCAAAAUAAAAGCCUCACUAUUUACUGAAGUGAUGACAGCCCUAAAGUUUAUCGAUGAUUUGACAGAUUCAUUUCUAAAUUCAGACAAAACAAACAAAUCUUUAAUUCCUUGUUUGUUAUUUUGUGUGACGCUAGCGGCGCUCGCUGUGGAAACACGAGCAUCGACUGGAGCGGCGGCGUAGGGCGCGGCGACCUUCACCAGAUAUUUAAACUUCGAUUUGAUUCUCGUAGAGAUCAGAGGACAUCGAUGUCUGUUUGGAAACCAUGGCAACAAAAGUGACGACCUUCCUUUUGUGACAAGAUUAGAGCUAAAGAGAGAGAGAGGAGGGGGGGGGGGCCUGAGGGACGUUUGUUUUGUUCUUCAGAAGUUGACCACGACCCCGACCUGACGGACAUCUUUAAACACGUGAGCCGCCCCGUGUGUCGUACUGUACACGACUUUCUAACAGCAUCACAAGAACCCAGCUCUGACUUUUUACUGGCUCUGUUUCAAAAACAAACAAACAAACAAACAACAACAAACUGCGACUCACAAACUGGAAGUGACUUGAAAAAACUAACAAAGUGACGAAGCGUUCAAAGGGAAACAGGAAGCUGCAGGAGGGAAGCGUCCUGAUUGGCUGUUGACUGAAGAUGUUUGUUGAUGUUAAAGUGACUCGUCUUUGUUUUUCUCCCUUUGUGCUCCUGAAGCCUUAAAUCUGACUCCUCCUCCUCAUCGUCAUCACAACGCCAUGUCUCCAUGUCGAGGCGCCGAGCGUCAGAUACCCAGCUGUGGAUACAAACUGAAACUUCCUGUCUUUAAAAUAACGAGGGGGGGGGGGGGCCGUCUGUCAAAAGUUCCCAAAGUCACAUCUUAAACUUGGAAGAUUUGAUUCAUUUCUUCUCACAUUUAAAAUUAGAUUUUUCACUCAGAUGAUUCUUUAAAAAGUCAAAUGUUUAGAGAUGAAGCACAAUUUGAGAUAAAGUUUUUAAAGACGUGAAAACGACGACAGGAGAAUCAAAGAACGGAAUCGUUAAAACUAACUCAACUGUUCCAAAAUAUCACAAUGUUCAUCACAACGUUUUUAAAUUUAGUUAAAAUUUUUGAAAUAUUUUGAGUGAAUUUUCUAUUUUUUUCUGGAAACUAAUCAGUUGUACUUUGGGAACUUUCUGGAAACUUGUGACGAGCAAUUUCUUAUUCUUAUUUUACAUUUUUAAAAACAAUUCUUGGAGAAAAUAAUUUUAGAUUUAUGGACCAAAAAACAGAAAUAUUUAUGACCAUUAACCACAACAUGUUCAACUUAAAGCACAAAGGUGUAAACUCAUAUUUAUACUGACACCUAGUGUUUAAAAUGUGUACUGCAGUCUAAAUUCUAAACAUCAUAGAGAGCUGUCUCCCCUCCUCCUCUUUAGAGUCCAUGCUCACACAGGUCACCAUGUGGUGGACUCUGAAGCUUCAGUGUUUAUCCAGCUCUGCAUGGGUCUGUAAACCUUUCUGUGUUCUAACCUCUCUCCAUUUUUCAAAAGCAUCUCCAAUAUUGAUCCUAGUUUGAGCACGUUUCUGCUCGUGGAGCUUAUUAGAAACAUGCAGAGGCUUUUUAGGUCGGGUACAAUCACUUCUAUCUGAACCACUUCUCUUGACCGCUUCCAUCGCUGCAACACCUGUUGACCUGAUAACUGCUCUCAUCUCUGACAAACCGAGGGGCGUCCAAAACGGCCGUGUGGGGGGGGGGGUCUUAAAAGCACCUACCUUCUCUGGUCCAAACAAAUCCAGAGCAUUCAGGAGCAGAAUCUAAAGUUAGAAGGAGGACAUACUGACUGCUGCAUUGUUGUCAGAGAAGCCAGCACUUCAACAUGUUUCCUUAAUGAUCAGAUAGUAAGAUACCUUUAUCAUCUCACUCUCUACACAUCUCACUGAUUGGAGCUUUUUGUUUUUACUUUUUCAUAAAAAUGCUCUUCACAAGUCUCCAGAUAUAAGAUCGACUGCGACGGACAAAAUAUCUUCAAAUAUAAUAAAUAUAUUUGGAAUAUUUUGAAAUUUGGGGGUUAAAAUGUCGGUGUGAUUUGUCCUCGACUUGACAGUGAAUUUGAUGUUUGAUUAGAUAAAUCUGACCACAGAGCGGAGCGGAGGUCAGCUGUUAGUUUUGGGUUUAUUUGCACUCAGGCGACGCCAUCCUCGAUCAAAGUCCUCCAUGUUUGCUUUUGUCUCCGUGUUGUUUUUAAACUGAAGAAUCCACAGGACACCUCGUCGUCUCCUCGUCUCCUUCAGACGAGUCCUCUCCUCGUCUCCUCAGUGUUACCGACGGCGACGACGUAGUUUGGUAGUUCCUGCGGCUGAAUGUAUCGAUAGCAGAGACUGCUUUACCUGUAAAACGCUUUCAGAACCUUUUUGAAACUGCUUUGUUUAAAGACUUUCUGUUGACGUGUUCUUACAUCAUCUUCACCGGUCUUUUCUUUUUGGACACGCUUCAUGUGCAUGUUCUCCGUCACUUCUGUUGCUUACUUUAUAAACUGUACGUACUUUUACCUGUAUUUAUUUAUUGAAAUACACAUUAUCAGAAAAA